GUGUAACUCUUCUUGGCCUGGAGUACAGUUUAAGUGGUGGUCGUGGUUAUGUCCUCGCAAACAACAUCGUCGGAGGCGGAGCCGGGCGGCGGCGGCACCGGCGGCACAACAACAUCAACAACAAUUAAAGAAACCCCUUCGACAGUCUUUACAGAACAAUUAAUAUCCGAUUAUGUGGAAUACCUCAAAGUCGAUUGUUCACUCGAAAAAACUCAUUUUGCUGAGAGUAUUGAAGAAAUGCUAACAAAACUGGAUGAGUUCUGUGGACUUGUUGAUAUGAUUCGAGGAGACACAACAUUAUGUUUAUAUAAAACUAUGCCAGAGAUUGAAGUGAAAGCCAGUGAGAUGCAACGAUUAUUUGUUAAAAUUGAUCAACUUGAGGAAUUAGUAACAAUUGUUUCAAAAAAUGUCAGUUUGAUGGAAGAGCAAGUGAACAAAGCUGAAGCAAAGAUGGGUUCUUUCAGCGGCAUCAAGAAGAUGAUUACCUCUCUUGUUAGUCCAAAACACAGUGCUGCCAGAAAUAAAUCUCAAGACCAGUAUCAUCCACCAGAGAUAUUCAACACUUCUGAUUUUUUCCCUAAACAAUCCUAACUAUUUCUGUUGCCUGCCUCUUCCUUUCUUUCUUUCUCAUCUCUCCCCCACCCUCUCUGUACAUAGCUGUGAUGAGAUUUCAGUUCCCAGCAUCACUUUUGUUUAUAUAAACAAAACAGUAACGGGACCUUCUUGCCUUGUAAACAAGCUCUUGUCAAUUCACACAACUUUUGGCAAAAUGCCUCAAAAUCAUGUUUUCACUUAUAUUUUUGUCUUGUGUGUGAGAGAGAAAGAGAGAGAGAGAAUAACCACUUUUAGACAUUUACGAUUGUGGUAAAUAAUUUAUUUUAUAUCUGAAAUAAGUGAGGAAGCAACUCAAAAAUUAAAUUGAAUCACAUCAUAAAUACUGUGUUUUCUAUAUUUUCUAUUAUAUUAAACAAACUCAGCUCAUAAAGCUGAGGUUUCUACCAUUUCCUUCAGCAUGAAAGUCGAUGAGAAACCUACCUUAUUCUGUAGAAUACAGUGCUUUGGGUGUGACAGGAUUUUGAGCUGAAAGUGAAGUGACAUGCAACUGUUAAAGCAAACUUAUUGUGUGAGUCUGCUCUCUCAUAUUUCACAUGGAAUUAAGGAACUUUGAAUGAUCCAUCAUAGCAAACCAUCGGGAACAAGGCUAUUAUAUAUGAAUUAUUGAUAUUUAGUAACAAUUGGAGUGGAUACUAAAACAGGAAAUAUUGAACAGUAGAGGUGAUUGGUUGAUAAAAUUUAAAUCCAUUUUUAAAUUGUGUCUCCAGAACAUUCAGAAUAUGAAAAAUAAAAAAAUGGGUAAAAAUUAUUCCAAACAAAGGCAGUGCCAGUGAAGUGUUUAUCAUGAGCAGUGACAUUGUUUCUACAAUCUAAACUAAAGACCUUUACUUUAAUAUUUGGCAAAAUAAACUUUGUUGGGUUUUUUUUUUGUUUAUUUUUUGUCAUCAAUCAAGGAGUAAUGGAACAAUAAAUCUUUAAUUUAUGAA